AGUUCAAGCUUCCCUCGAUUAGCUACCUUGUCUAGCCACCGUCGUCCUUGCACAGCGCCACAGCCAAGGAAGAAGCAAAGCUAUUUGGCUUCUAACAAUGGCGACGAGGGGUGUGAUGGUUGCGCUGCUGCUCGCGGCGGUGGCGGCGUCGUGCGCGACGGCGCAGCUGCAGGAGAAGUUCUACAGUGAGUCGUGCCCCAGCGUGGAGGAGGUCGUCCGGAAGGAGAUGGUCAGGGCGCUCUCCCUCGCGCCCAGCAUCGCCGCGCCGCUCCUCAGGAUGCAUUUCCACGACUGCUUCGUCAGGGGGUGCGACGGCUCGGUUCUGCUGGACUCGGCGAACAAGACGGCGGAGAAGGACGCGCUACCAAACCAGACGCUGCGCGGCUUCGACUUCGUGGAGAGGGUGAAGGCCGCCGUGGAGAAGGCCUGCCCCGACACCGUCUCAUGCGCCGACGUGCUCACGCUCAUUGCCAGGGAUGCUGUCUGGCUGAGCAAGGGUCCAUUCUGGGAAGUUCCUUUGGGACGGCGAGACGGCAGCGUGUCCAUCUCCAACGAGACCGACGCACUGCCCCCUCCCACCGCUAACAUCACCGUGCUCACCCAGCUCUUCGCCGCCAAGAACCUUGACAUCAAGGACCUCGUCGUCCUCUCAGCCGCACACACGAUCGGGACAUCUCACUGCUUCUCCUUCUCCGACCGUCUCUACAACUUCACCGGCAGGGUCAACCCCAGUGACAUCGACCCCACGCUGGAGCCUUUCUACAUGGCCAAGCUGAAGAGCAAGUGCGCCAGCCUCAACGACAACACAACGCUCGUGGAGAUGGACCCCGGGAGCUUCAAGACCUUCGACCUCGACUACUUCAAGCUCGUCAGCAAGCGGAGGGGCCUUUUCCACUCCGACGGCGCGCUGCUCACGAACGCAUUCACCCGCGCCUACAUCCAGCGCCACGCCACCGGCGCAUUCAAGGACGAGUUCUUCGCCGACUUUGCCGUCUCCAUGGUAAAGAUGGGCAACACCGACGUGCUCACUGGAAGCCAGGGCGAGAUCAGGAAGAAGUGCUCCGUGGUGAAUCAUUAGUUAGCCGUGGAAGUACGGGUUGGCAUGCCAACGCUUUUGAUUUGUGAGUGUAGACUGUUACAGUAAAACCGUUCCUUCAUUUUUCUCUCUCCCGGUUCUUUUCUUCGUUGGUUCAUUGUCUAGCUACAGACAUGUAAACUGUCCUACUCCGUAUUAUUAUUUUCCCAUUGCACUACAAGUUCCCGGUUUUCCAAGGGGUUCGAGGGAUAUUUCCGCCACUU